GACCCCCAAGUUGGAGGAGGCAGAAAGGCAGCAACAGCGAGGAAGGAGAAGUCAAGACGUCUGGAAAGAAUUAUCCAGUCCUGGCUUCGAGCAGCCCAUUGAACCAGGGACUUGAACCAGCCAAAGACUUUUCUCUCCAUUCUGCGCUUCCUGAGUUCUGCUAAGUCUGAACCAGGCUUUUUACUUGAUGAGAAAAAGACUUUCCGUUAUCGGAGUGAGGGGAUUGGAGCAAAUAUCAAAACAGAGCAAAAAACUAAUUUAUUUUUAAAACACAUUUUUAAAAAUUAGAAGAUUUAAGUGCAACUGAAAUAAUAAAGAGAAUAUUAGUGAAAUUUCUUCUUAAAGCGGGGAGAAACAAGCGUUUAAGUCUCCCGCAUCAUUUUUUAAAUGUUGUUUUUAAAUUUCUUAUUUUUUUUGGCCGGUCGUCUCAAAUUCAUCUGAUCGCUUAUUACCUCAGUUUUGGAAACUGCCUCCCACCUACCCUCCGGGACCACACAGACAGGCUGAGGACGACUUUAUGACCAAGAGUUAAACAAGAUGCAUUGUGAGAGGUUUCUAUGCAUCCUGAGAAUAAUUGGAACCACACUCUUUGGAGUCUCUCUCCUUCUCGGAAUCACAGCUGCUUAUAUUGUUGGCUACCAGUUUAUCCAAACGGAUAAUUAUUAUUUCUCUUUCGGACUGUAUGGUGCCUUUUUAGCAUCACACCUCAUCAUUCAGAGCCUGUUUGCCUUUUUGGAGCACCGGAAAAUGAAAAAAUCCCUUGAAACCCCCAUUAAACUGAACAAAACCGUUGCUCUUUGCAUUGCUGCCUAUCAAGAAGAUCCAGACUACUUAAGGAAAUGUUUGCAAUCUGUGAAAAGACUGACCUACCCUGGGAUUAAGGUGGUCAUGGUCAUAGAUGGGAACUCAGAUGACGACCUUUACAUGAUGGACAUCUUCAGCGAAGUCAUGGGCAGGGACAUAUCAGCCACUUACAUUUGGAAGAACAACUUCCACGAAAAGGGACCUGGUGAGACAGACGAGUCCCAUAAAGAAAGUUCACAACAUGUAACCCAGUUGGUCUUGUCUAACAAAAGUGUCUGCAUCAUGCAAAAAUGGGGUGGAAAAAGAGAAGUCAUGUACACAGCCUUCAGAGCACUGGGACGAAGUGUGGACUAUGUACAGGUGUGUGAUUCAGACACCAUGCUUGACCCUGCCUCAUCUGUGGAGAUGGUGAAGGUUUUAGAAGAAGACCCCAUGGUUGGAGGUGUUGGAGGAGAUGUCCAGAUUUUAAACAAAUAUGAUUCCUGGAUCUCCUUCCUUAGCAGUGUGAGGUACUGGAUGGCUUUUAAUAUAGAAAGGGCCUGCCAGUCAUAUUUUGGGUGUGUCCAGUGUAUUAGUGGACCUCUGGGAAUGUACAGAAACUCCUUGCUGCAUGAGUUUGUGGAAGACUGGUACAAUCAGGAAUUCAUGGGCAACCAGUGCAGUUUUGGUGAUGACAGGCAUCUCACGAACCGGGUGCUGAGUCUGGGCUAUGCAACAAAAUACACAGCGCGAUCCAAGUGCCUUACUGAGACACCUAUAGAAUAUCUCAGGUGGUUGAAUCAGCAGACCCGCUGGAGCAAGUCCUACUUCCGGGAGUGGCUGUACAAUGCCAUGUGGUUUCACAAACAUCACUUGUGGAUGACCUACGAAGCGGUUAUCACUGGAUUCUUCCCUUUCUUUCUCAUUGCCACAGUUAUCCAGCUCUUCUACCGCGGUAAAAUCUGGAACAUCCUCCUCUUCCUGUUAACUGUCCAGCUAGUGGGCCUCAUAAAGUCAUCUUUUGCCAGUUGCCUUCGAGGAAAUAUCGUCAUGGUCUUCAUGUCUCUGUAUUCAGUGUUAUACAUGUCAAGUUUGCUUCCCGCCAAGAUGUUUGCGAUUGCAACCAUAAACAAAGCUGGGUGGGGCACAUCUGGAAGGAAAACCAUUGUUGUUAAUUUCAUAGGACUCAUUCCUGUGUCAGUGUGGUUUACAAUCCUCCUAGGUGGUGUGAUUUUCACCAUUUAUAAGGAAUCUAAAAAGCCAUUUUCUGAAUCCAAACAGACGGUUCUCAUUGUGGGAACCUUGAUCUACGCAUGCUAUUGGGUCAUGCUUUUGACUCUCUAUGUGGUUCUCAUCAAUAAGUGUGGCAGGCGGAAGAAAGGACAACAGUAUGACAUGGUGCUUGAUGUAUGAUCUCAUGCUGAUGUUUGUGCUCACACAUGCAGACACACACUACACCUUAGCUCCUUCAGGGGCUGUACAGUAUUGUGGCAUCGACUCUGCCACCAAAGGAGACAUAUCACUGCUGCUGGGACUUGAAUACAAACAUUUUAUGGGUUUAUUUUUUAUUCUGCCAAAGUCAAAUGAUCCAUCAAUAAGAAGAAACUCAGAUUUAACCUGGUAUCUCUAUGAACACGGGAUGACGCCUUUGCCUGCGCACUUUUUCCUUCCUGUGCACCACCUGACAGUGUUUGCUCUAUAUACCUCACUGGUCAUGCUUCAUGUGGGUGAUCAUGGAAGAAACGGAUUUCGGAAACUCAAGGGAAAGUUCUUUCAACCUAUACAACCUAACUUAUGGACUCAUAGUUAAUUUUUUUCUUUUAUCUUAGAAAAGAUUUUUGUCUUUAACUCUACCAAAGGAAAUCUUAAGGCCGCUGAUUAUGCUGUAUUUUGAUGUAAUUGUACUGUGUUUUGAAAUUUUAUAUGCCAACUUUUAAAAACAAUUUCACUUCAUAUUUUAUAUUUUACUUCUCUUCAGAAAUACACUUGUUCUUCUUUUUUAUAAUAAAAUAGGUUCUAAAAAAUUCAUACUAUAAAAAAUAACCUGCCCAAAAUGUGAAACUUGGAUGUUGACGAAAGAAUAAAAUAUUUCUGUCUUCCUCUACCUUU